AUGAACCGCCUGCCCAGCAUCCCCUCGCGGCCGGCUCCUCCUCCACCAUAUACCUCUUACAGUCCUUACCAGAGACCUGAAGUUGCACCGUCGCGGCCCGAGAUCGUACCCGCCUCCCAACACCACCGUCCCAGGGAUUCCGAUGGCGGUCAAAAUCAUGCGCAACAACUACCGAGCCUUCGAACCCUUCUGGAACCAGAAUUCCUGGACAACAAGCUGUCCGACCCACCUUCACGAACUGGUGGCGCCCGUUUUGCUCGCGGCAGUUCGGUGCGGUACGGAUCCUCAAGCCCAACCUUGAAAAGGCGGCAUGAUUUCGAAAGUUACAGCCACGAAAAUCCCGAAAGUAAUGCUAUCGCUUCUCGACCACCACCUGUGCAUCGUCAUGCCCACUACCCCGCCCCCACCGACUCACAGUUGGCAACCUUCUCGACAACAGAUUCGACACCCGGCUCGCGCCAGCCGGAGUACUCACGCCAUGCAGGACUUGUCCGUCCUGCCCACAAUGAAGUUGCUAGCAAGCCUUUUAGAGCACCGUCGACUACAUCAGCGAUGAGCACAUCCUCGGAUCCACUCGGGACUCUACCAAGCCAGCCGCCUUACGAAGACCCCAUGGAUAUUGUCAAACCCGUGAGAAGGCGAACAGAAGGCUCAUCACGCGCCCCAGUUCGAGCAUCGCGUUGUGUAGGACAGCGUGAGAUCCCCGGUGAAGGUUUAUGCUACAUCUAUGAGGAUGGGACAUAUUGCCGUGCUGUUAUCGACGGCGAACGAGUGAAUCCGUCUUGGGGUAUCACAAAGGCCGGGAAACCAAGGAAGCGGCUUGCUCAAGCUUGUCUUACUUGCCGCGAGAAGAAGAUUAAGUGCGAGCCUGGAUACCCCAAGUGCCAUCAAUGCGCCAAAUCUCAGAGGGCGUGUAGAGGAGGCCUCAAUCAACCAAGCAUGAGCAAUGCUUCGGGCGAAACAUCACCAUCAUCGUCUUCAGGGUUAUUUAAGAACCCGUCGGCAGAACUUGUAAGCCCAGUGGCUGGCCCCGAAAAACCAAAGGCUCUCGAAGAGCUGCGCGAAUCCCCUCGAACAGUUGAAGCUUGGAAUGCUGGAUCUCCAUUCAAGCCUCGCAACUUUCGACCCAACUCCGUCGCUACCUCACGAGACAUGUCUGUACAUUCGUUGGAUUCGGACUGGAGCGGCUCAGUGAAUAACCAGGACCCGGAUGACCCCAGACGUGGAUCGCUCCAGGACCAGCUGGCCCUCCAAUGGGAGCAGGAUCCCUUUGAAACGGACGCCAGGCUGACAAUGCACCUUCUGGACCUUUACUUUCUCCACGCGGGCCGGGCCACCUAUGGAAUGUUCCCUCGGCGGCCUUUCCUGACAUGGGUGGAAACCAACCGCGAAAAGAGCCAGGACCACCUCAUGCUUCUGUACUCUGUGCUGGCAAUGGGCUCUGUCUUCUCGGCCGAUCCCGAUAAGCGUAACAUCGGGAAGCGCUUCGCAGCCGUUGCAGCCUAUGGCACCGAGAAACGCUUCGGAAAGUUCACCCUGCAAUUGUGCCAGAGCCGCCUAAUGCUGGCUCUGUACAACUUCGCUCGGGGAAAGUCACAGGAAGCUUGGGACUUCUGUGGAGCAGGUUUGCGUGCUCUCAGUGCUCUCAAACUCAAUACUGAGGAAGGAGUGAGAGAACUGCCGGAUACCGCCGCCGAUCUGGACUAUGGAUUCGACCGCCGGACCCUGGAAGAAUGCUGCCGUCGCACCUUCUGGUCCGGAUUCUUGAUGGAUGUAAGUUCAACCGCGUUUACGGCGACCACCACCCUUGACCUAAUGCUCCAACAGCGCUACAAUGGAUUCUGUGGUGGAACCCUCUGUGUUAUUAAUAUCGAAGACACUUUCCUUCACCUUCCUUGCCAAGAGAACUUGUAUGAAGCUUCAAGCCCCUGCGAUACCCCCUUCUUCGACUUCGAUAUCCUGAGCCGUCAAGCGACCCCAGGCCCUCCUCUCGGACAUAUGGCAUAUUUGACUCUAAUUUCGGCAAUCUGGGGCGACGUGUUGACCUUUACCAGCCGCGCCGUUCAUCGACCAGAGGCCGGCUACGAACGACAUUACGAAACAUUCUACGAGAAGACUUACGAAAGACUGGAUGCAUGGCACGCCAUGUUGCCGGCCAACCUCCGGAACACGCCGCAGAACCUCGAUAAUAGCAUUGUCGAGGGGUUUGCGGGCACCUUCAUCUCUCUCCAUGCUCUCUACCAUACCACCGUCAUCCGGCUGAACCGCCAUGCUCGCGUCCGUGCGUUACCGCUUGAGAAGAUCGGUCGCAACAUCGAUCAUGCUUUCCGAAAUGCCUCGCAUUUCGUGUCGAUGAUGCAUUCACUGGCUGCCGCGAACCGCCAAGGACGACUCCCACCUAAUGCCUCGGCCGAUUUCCUGUUCUCCACACCGUUUCCUGGAUACGCCCUAAUGCUCUCCGUCGAUGUGCUCUCUUCUGCCGGUACUGUUUCUAUGUUGCCAAACCUUAUUGAGACGCUAGGGACGACGCUUUCCUGCCUUGAUGAGCUGGCCAACUUCUGGGCGUCGGCCCGUGCCCAACAGAAGGCGGUGUCGAUCCGCGUUCAGCAGCUUACCGACCUUGCGGUCCAGGAGGAACAGGGCGUCAGGAAUGGUACCUACGGGCAAUUCUGGAAGCUUCCGGAUAGCUUGGAGAUUGCGUUUGGUAACGAAGACGUGGUGUACAAAGCGAACGAGCAGGUGCUAUUCGAGGUCGUCGGCGGGCUUACUAGCCGCUAA